AGGGAGUUUCGGAUCUGUAGAGAUUUCUCAGGUGUGCAUAGUGUUGGGUGGUUGGAUAGGGCAGAAUCCACAUUUUGUGUCAUAAUUCAUGUGACAAGAAGCAUUCAUAACUAAUAAGAAGUCUCUGUGUCAUGAUUUGGGAGUUGGUUGGUGGCCUAAAAGAGAAUGUGCUACAUACUCCCACUUACUUACUCUGUCUCAAACUGGUAGUUUAUCUUUUGCUAUUACUAUUGCAUAUAUAUUUAUGUGUCUUUGCACAUAAAUAAAUAUAAGCUGCUGAGUCCAUUUAGUAUUUCUUCUAUUUAUAUGAUUACAGGGCAGACCACUUUGUUUUGAAUAACUAACAAAGAGGCUCAUCCAUGGGAAAAACAAUUCUCCCCCUUCAUAGUCAUUAAUUUCCUGUAGUACUUGGUCUAGGGAGACAGUCUCAUUAGAUCCCCCCAAACCUUCUAUGUUAGUAUGUCUACUGGCCAUGUUUUUUUUUCCACAUGAGAUCUUGCAGGUCUCAGGGGCUGUUUACUUUAUCAGCUGUGGCUUUGAGUUCCCAGCUCCUGUAUGAAUGCAGCUCUGGAGUUCCAGGUCUCCCCUUGCAGGGCAUUGUGGUUGUAGUGGAUGGAUUGCCCUGCUGUGUCCUCUGGCCUUGAUAUUAAAGCAGCUCUCCAGUUUAGCUGCCAAUCACUUCACACUCUGACUCUUCUCUCAAAUCUGAGGUCACCACAGGAUUCCUAUGUCCUCUGAGUCAGGCUAAAAAUAAUGUCUGGAAGAGCAUUUCCAGAGAAGGGGAAUGUCCCUGAGUGUGUAUUAUGGGUGUGCCCGGGAAGAACUUGUCUGGAGGUACAUCUAGACAUUGCUGUGCUUGUGAGGAUAUGAGCAGAGUAAUUUUUGCUGGGUUUGCAUCAGGGAGAGGGUGUGUUUAGUAGAUGAUUUGCAGGCUUGGCCCAGAGAAGCCAGAAAGUGGAGCUGCAAAAGCUCACAGGCCCUGUGCACCAACCUAGCUUUUGUCUUGCCUAUCUCAAGUAUCUGUGAAGCUGAAAGAGGUGUUCAUGGAGUGUCACCUGCCCUGAUCAUUUGCAGCCCUGGAACUAGUUCCUGGAAAACUCCAGAACCCGAAUCUAUCUGGAAAAAGAAUCAGCCAAGGCUGAUGAUGAAACCCAGAUACAUGGAGGUCAUAGUGAUGCUGAUGUAGUUGUAAGGAUUAGUAGGAUGCUGGAACAAUGCAGGAAGAUCUUUCUAUGGUCAUAUAAGUGAGAACCUGAUGCGGGGAAAGUGAGGAGGGCAUCCAAUACUGUUUUUAAGGACCUUCCUUCUACCAGGUUGCCUUCUGAUUCUUUAGUUUUUAAGCCACUCUCAUGACCCUUCAUUGAGUCCAAAUGCCAUUCAAAUUCUUCCUGGUGCCCAAUUGCUUUCAGAGCUUUCCAGGGGACCUCCCAUUGCCUUCUGAGACUUCAGAUACUGUUAGAGUCUUGCAAUGUUCCUGAGACAGCAUGGGUGUUCCUCAUAGAGCCCAGAUGUUUAGGAGUUUGCUGAGAUUCUUCUGCCUUGGUGUCUUGACUGCCAAUCCAAGACUGAAGGACUCAUAGAGAGCUGAGGACCAUGUCACCGAUUUGAAACACCUGCAGAGAAGACCCGAGAGCGCACUGCUUACAGCAGACACCUGAAGCUGUGGUGGAUUUUUGAACCAUCGGAUAACCCUGGAGAGAUGCAGAAUACAGUGACCUAUGAUGAUGUGCAUAUUGGUUUCACUUGGGAAGAAUGGACUUUGCUGGAUCCUUCCCAGAAGAAUCUCUACAAAGAUGUCAUGCUGGAGACCUACAGAAACCUCGCUAUUAUAGGAUACAGUUGGGAAGACCAUAAUAUUGAAGAACAUUAUCAAAAUUCUAGAAGACAUGAAAGGCAUGAAAGAAGCCAAACUGGAAUGAAAACUUCUGUACAUACUCAAUGUAGUAAAACCUUUGCAUAUAAAAGUCAGCUUCAAAGGCAUGAAAGAAGACAUACUGGAGAGAAACCGCAUGAAUCUAAUCAGUGUAAUAAAUCCUCUGCAUGUCACAAUAAUCUUCAAAGGCAUCAAAGAAAAUACACUGGAGAGAAAUGUUGUGAAGCUAAUCAGUGUGUUAAAACCUUUGUACAACAGAGCCAUCUUCAAAUUCAUAAAAGAACACAUACUGGAAAGAAACCAUAUGAAUUUAAUCAAUGUGGUAAAGCCCUUGAACAUCAUGGUACUGUUAAACUGCAUAAAAGAACACAUACUAGAGAGAAAAUCUAUGAAUGCAAUCAAUGUAGUAAAGCCUUUGCUCAUCCCAUUACUCUUCAAAGGCAUAAAAGAACACAUACUGGAGAGAAACUCUAUGAAUGUAAUCAGUGUGGUAAAGCUUUUGCACUUCACAGUAAUCUUCAAAUGCAUGAAAGAACACAUACUGGAGAGAAACCCUUUGAAUGUAAUCAAUGCGGUAAGACAUUUACACAACAUGGUCAUCUACAAGUACAUAAAAGAACACAUACUGGAGAGAAACCCUAUGAAUGCAGUCAUUGUGGUAAAGCCUUUGGUCAUAACAGUACUCUUCAAAGGCAUGAAAGAACACAUACUGGAGAGAAACCCUAUGAAUGUAAUCAAUGUGGUAAAGCCUUUGCACGUCAGAGUCAUCUUCAAAUUCAUAAAAGUACACAUACUGGAGAGAAACCCUUUGAAUGUAAUCAGUGUGGUAAAGCCUUUGUACAACACAGUCGUCUUCAAGAACAUAAAAGAACACAUACUGGGGAGAAACUCUAUGAAUGUGAUCAAUGUGGUAAAACCUUUGUACAACACAGUCAUCUUCAAGGACAUAGAAGAACACAUACUGGCGAGAAACCGUAUAAAUGUAGUCAAUGUGAUAAAGCUUUUGCAUGUCAGGGUAGCCUGCAAAGUCAUAAAAGUACACAUACUGGAGAGAAACCCUAUGAAUGUAAGCAAUGUGGUAAAGCCUUUGGACGUUACAGUGAUCUUCACAGGCAUAAAAAAACACAUACUGGAGAGAAACCCUAUGAAUGUAAUCAGUGUGGUAAAGCCUUUACACGCCCCAGUACUCUUCAAACGCAUAAAAGAACACAUACUGGAGAGAAACCCUAUGAAUGUACUCAGUGUGGUAAAGCUUUUGCACUUCACAGUAAUCUUCAAAUUCAUAAAAGAACGCAUACUGGAGAGAAACCCUAUGAAUGUAAUCAAUGUGGUAAAGCCUUUGCACAACAUAGUGAUCUACAAGAACAUAAAAGAACACAUACUGGAGAGAAACCCUAUGAAUGUAUUCAAUGUGGUAAAGCCUUUGGUCAUCGCAGUACUCUUCAAAAGCAUAAAAGAACACAUACUGGAGAGAAACCCUAUGAAUGUGAUCAAUGUGGUAAAGGCUUUGCACGUCAGAGUCAUCUUCAAGUUCAUAGAAAAACACAUUACUCGAGAGAAAAUCUUUGAAUGUAAUCAACAUAAAGCCUUUGCACAACAGUCAUCUUCAAGAACAUAAAAGAACACAUACUGGGGAGAAACUAUUAAUGUAAUCAAUGUGAUAAAGGCUUUGCACAACACAGUCAUCUACAAGGACAUGAAAGAACAUAUUCUGGAGAGAAACUUUAUAAAUGUAAUAAAGUCUUUGCACGUCAAAGUAGCCUGCAAAAACAUAAAAUUACACAUAUUGGAGAGAAACCCUAUGAAUAUAAUCAGUGUGGUAAAGCCUUUGCUUAUCAAAAUAUUUAAUUGCAUAAAAGAACACAUAGUGGAGACAAACUAUGAAUGCAAUCAAUGUGGUAAAACCUUUGCAUUUCAAAGUAACAUUCAAGUACAUAAAGAACACAUGCUGUAUAGAAACCCUAUGAAUGUACUCAAUGUGAUAAAUCCUAGUUACAACUCAGAGUAACCCUAUAACUGUAAAACUUUUAGUGUGUAAUUCAUCUCUUAAAGCCUUUGAAUAUAACAUAAGACUUUGAUGAUCUGACAAAACUCAUACCAAAGGGAAUCUGUAUAUUUAUAAGAAUUGGUAUGAUCUCCAGUCAAUAUAUUUAUUUACAUUCAAUUAUAAAAGAUUCAUUCUGGAGAAAAAAUUGACACAUGUAAAUCUAAGAAUUAUGAUGCCCCUCUUUAUUUUUAUAGCUGCAAUCUUAUAUGGACAAAAGGCCUAUGAACUUAAAUGAUAAAAUAACUCUUAGAUUUCAUACCUUUCUUCAUUCACAUGAAAUAAUGAAUCCAUGUUUAAAAGUUCAUAGAUUUGUAUUAUUGCUUUUUCUGUUGCUUUGAUAAAAUGUAAUGUCUAAGUGAACAAAGUGAACAAAGAGAUUUUAUUUGGCCAUUGGUUCCAGAGCAAUAUAUGAACCCUGUGAACGUGGCAUGGAUACAAGUGUCAGACAUGGCAGCUAAAGCAGGAGCCUAAGAAUUCAUAUUCUUUACCUGCACCAUGAAGCAGAAAGUAUAAAUUGGAAAUGGUAUGCAUAUAUAAUCUCUCGUGCCAACCCCCAAUGACAUAUUUCAUCCAGCAGGGCACCAUUUUCUAAAUCUUCCCAAAUGAUAUCACAGACUGAAAAUGACUGAUUUCUAUGACUUCAAGCCUGCAUGCUUGCUUUCUGUUACAUAAACCAAUUCAUAAUGGAGAGAAACUCUGUAACCCUUUAGAUGCCUCAAAACCCAUGAUACUGAAAUUGCAGUAGAAAAACAUUCAUGAUUGAAAAAUAGUUUAAAGAUUUGUUUUUAUUUUAAUUAUCCUAUAUCUGUAUGUCUUUGUGUGGGUAAGUAUAUGUGCAUUCUGCUUCUCAAAAAGGUUAGAUCCUUGGAGCUUUUUGUAGCAGGAACUAUUGGAAGUCAUCAAAAAUCAGACUUUGGUCCAGGGAAUAAACUUGUGUUAAAGGCUUG